AUGCAUGACAAUUUUGGAGGAGAACCACCCAAGUUUGCUGUGAAUGAGCCACAAAUGGCUGUGGAUUAUAUGAAACCAGAACACUGUAUCCUUCCUAAAUCAAAGCCUGCCAAGUCACAGCCACAAUUGAAAGAGUUGAACAAACUGGUAAAAACUAUCUAGACAUUUAAUUACUCUAACAAAGAUGUUUUGUUCACAACGAGCAUUUCACAUCGCAGGACGAAUUGCUACACAAUCACUGGUUCGUUUCUGCACAGGAAUUUAUCAAAGCGGCGCAGGACGAAAAGACACAAAAGACCAUGCUUUUGUUAUCCCAACAGCUCCGCCCCUUUCAACAUGGAACUAAUUGGCGAUCUGACAUUUAAGCUCAAUCCCGGGCCCUCUGUGAAUAGAACAAUACCGGUCAUUGUUCCAUCGCAAGCCAAACGCAGCCAUGCAUUACGGCCAGCCACUGUGUUGUACAACGCCACCCUUGGCUCCAAAAAUUGCUGUCCCAGAGGAGUGAAUUGGCACAAUCUUAUCAGCAUAAGAUACUCAAAGCAAAAACUGCAGAAUGGAUUCGUCCCCAUUGACUUCUGUUUGUUGAACACCAGAUCAAUCAAUAAGAAGGAACUUCCGAUCAAAGAUUAUGCAGUCGAAAAUAACGUAGACUUUUUUGCAUUGACUGAGACAUGGCUGAGUAAUAAUGAAAACUAUAAUUUUUCCAUCGCCGAAGUUUGCCCCACUGGAUACCAGUUUUACCACGUUCCUCGGAAAAACGCACAAGGGGGAGGAGUUGGUCUCCUAAUAAAGAAACACAUGAAGGUUACGAAACAAACCCAAAGAAAUUUCAAGUCCUUCGAAUACCUGGACAUCAUAACAACAUGCUCCACUGGGUCUACAAGGAUUGUUACCAUCUAUAGACCACCUCCAUCUAAGGGGGGUUGGGGUUGUGAAUAAAAUGCUUAAGGAUGCAAAGGCUUCAUACUACUCAUCUAUUAUUUCAGAGAAUGCAUCAGAUCCAAAAGUUCUUUUCAACGCAGUCGACAAGCUAUUACACCGCAAAGUAGAGAUGCUAUCCAACCGCACCCUCCACGAUUGAGCUUACGAACAAUUUUGCCGACUUUUUCGACAAGAAGAUAGCGACAAUAAGAAUAGAGCUAUCCAAUGAAGCGACUUCUAAUACCCAGUCCUGCGAAGCAAACAAACAGCCUUGUCAUGCCGAAUUCAAAGAGUUUAGAGUGAUGUCAGGGAGAGAGAUUGAAGGUUUUGUAGACACUAUCGGUAAAAAAUCUUGUGAUCUUGAUCCUAUACCGGCAUCUAUUCUAAAGGAAUGUAAAUCAGCCUUCUACCUGUCUUAACCAACAUCGUGAACAUGUCGCUCCAAUCAGCAUCAAUGCCCGCUGCACUGAAAGAAGCAGUGAUCAAACCAAAGUUGAAGAAGAACAACCUAGACUCAGAGGAUUAUUCAAACUUUAGACCUAUCUCAAAUCUGAAGGUUAUAUCAAAGAUAAUUGAAAAGGCAGUUUCUUGUCACUUGAGUGAUCACCUACGUGAUAAUGAUCUAGAGGAAUCUUUUCGGUCUGCGCAUAAGCGUUUUCACAGCAGAGACUGCACUCUUGAGGGUGCAAAAUGACAUUCUCUUCGAAAUAGACAAUCAAAAAUGUGUUGUCAUGUAACUGUUAGACAUGUCUGCGGCAUUUGAUACAGUCGACCAUGAUCUACUACUGGAAAGAAUGGCAAAACGCUAUGGAGUAAAAGGAAAUGUGCUAAAAUGGUUUCAAUCAUAUCUCCAAGACCGAAAACAGUUUGUGAUAAUUGAUGGAAACAAGUCAAAGAUGAAAGAACUUCGGUACGGUGUCCCCCAGGGAUCAGUACUAGGUCCGGUUCUAUACUUAUUAUACACUUCACCCAUUGGGGACAUCAUUAGACGGCACAGACUUAAUUACCAUAUCUACGCCGACGACACCCAGCUCUAUCUCUCUUUCAAGCCCACCCCCGCCGAACUAACCAGCUCUAUAGCAAAAAUAGAGGCGUGUGUUUCUGAGAUAGACUCGUGGAUGGUGUGCAAUAAACUGAAACUAAACAGAAGAAAGACGGAGCUAUUGAUCUUAAGUGCACGACACCGUCCACCCCCAUCAAUAGAGUAUGUUGAUGUGUCUGGUGAGCAGAUCGAGCCAUCUCCCUCUGCAAGGAACAUUGGAGUUAUCUUUGAUGAGCACAUGUCACUAGAUAAGCAUGUUACCAGUACCUGCAAAGCCUGUUUCUUCCACCUUAGAAACAUUAACAAGAUAAGAGACUGCUUAUCUCUAGCAGAUACUGAAAAACUAGUUCAUGCGUUCAUUACAUCUAAGCUAGAUAACACCAACUCGCUACUAUAUGGAUUACCCAAAUUCCUGAUAGAUCGUCUACAAAAUGUCCAGAAUGCUGCAGCUCGUGUUGUCACUCGUACAAGAAAGUAUCACCACAUCAAACCUGUUUUAAAGCAGCUUCACUGGCUCCCAGUUAGCCAGCGCAUAGAUUACAAGAUAUUACUUUUGACUUUCAAAGCGCUCAACGGACAAGCCCCUAGUUACAUCACUGAACUGCUGAAGCCUUAUGUACCAACCAGAAAUCUGAGGUCCUCCUCCAAAAACUUACUUAAAGUACCACCUGUCAAGCUAGUAAGUUAUGGUCACAGGUGUUUCUCUUCUGUAGCACCGACUCUAUGGAACUCUCUUCCGAACAACAAAAGAGAGCAGCUCGCUAUCAGACUUUAAGACCUGUAUAAAGACAUACCUUUUUAACAAAUUUUAUAAUUAACCUUCUUAAAAAUUUUAUAAUUAGCUUAGCGAGUUAAUUAGCUAUUUUAUCGUUAGCUAGGUCGCUAGUUAGUUGGUUAGUUAAUUAGUUAGUCAGCUAGUUAGUUAGUUAAUUAGUUAGUGAAUUAGUUCUAUUAAGUUUCACAGUUUUUACUCCCAUCAUUACAGAUAUUUUAUUAGCUAGUUUUUUACUCAUAUUUUAGUGAUGUUUACGUUUUUAUAAAUUUUAUCAAUGUCUUUUAUAAAUGAAUUGUAAAGCCCUAUUGAAUAGCAAUAGAAAUAGCGCUAUAUAAAUACUGCAUUAGUAGUAUCAAGACAGAACCAACGACGAAGAAGACAGAGGUAGAAGUGCUAGAAGAAGGCAAGAUUCCUCAGGAUUCUGGUACAGGUACAGGUACAUAUCAGUAUUCCUCCUUGGAUGAGAUACUGAAUAAUGUGGAAGUCAGUUAUCCAUGUCCGAUCCACCAGACCAUGAUGGACGGAUUGAAAUAUAAGAUUGUGACAAUGUAUUCCUACAUUGCUCGACCCCCAGUUGCCCAGUCUUUUGUAAUCUCAAUGAUUACAACCAUUAUUACUAUGAAUGUCAAAUACAGGGUCACCCCUGGUUCACCUUGGACAGAAUUGACAAGAUGGUGUGCGAAUGUGGAAAGACUCCCACAUUGUCUUUGACUCAAUCACAAACAAAUUAUGGCAAAAUGUAUUUGCCAUGCAGUCAACGUCAUUGUAAGCUAUUCACUUGGUGGCGAUUUAAACCCAACAAGAGGACAGUGCAAAUUCUUACAGAUGGAUGUGAAUGAUUUAUUUCAGGACUAGAUGUCAAGAUGACAUUUGCUGAUUUAUUAGAAGCACUUUUUCCUAUAAUUCGAAGAAAGUAAUGAGAGUCUGAUGUGUUAAUUUUUAGGCAUAGACGAGGAUGAGGAACAUAAGAUGGCUGUUUUAUGGGUAGCCCAAUUAAUAGCACCCUGUGUCAAUAAAGUCACUGUCAAUGUAAAAACAUAGCAUUCAUAGAGACUUUUCUUUGUAAACUUUUUUAGAUUCAGAAGAGGAAGACAUCGUAACAGAUGAUACUUACCUUGAUAUCGAUGUAAACUUAGGAGACAAACUUAUGUCAACAGUAGUUGAACAAAUAGGUUCAAAUCCUGAGUGGAUAAGUUGUGUCAUAUUAGCUCCCGAUCAACUACAGGACUAUUUACCAGAUGUAAAAAUACAUGUUUUGUAGUUGCAAUUCCGAGUUUUGUUAAUUUUUGUAGAUGGGAUAAGUAGAGACCAUCUUGAAAUCACACAGUUGAUGGGUAGAGAUGCAAGGCUAGAUACAUUGUCUGUGGACUAUUAUGUUGAAAUCGCUUUGUUGAUUGAUGUGCCUUAGGUACAGGUUGCAUUCAAGGACAAAUGUGUUUGGAUAGGUGCUUGAACUGUCAUCGCUAGCCUCAGACAAGCGCGACCCUUAUGUCGCGCAUACCAACAUACGAGCUUCGCAGGGCAUAAGAUCAAAGGAUCCGAUGUCCUGCCUCAGAGCGGGUCAUAUCAGGCAAAAGAGGUAAAAAACAAUGGAGAGCUGUCAAUAAUAUGUCAACACCAGGUUUGAAGACAGACAGAUUUCCUGGUACUUGCAGGGUUUUGCAAAAUAGAGACUCGGCCGCACUUUCAGUUCACCAUCAUGCCAAACAGAUAUCCAAACGAUCCUUUAAACCAGUACUCUCCUUACCAACCCGGGUCUCCAUUGAACUGUCCUGGACCAGUUAUGGGCCGAUAAUAUUGACCACCUGGAAAGCAAGACUGUAGGAAAGCUUGGGAUGAAAUUGUUAGAGCUUUGAAUGAUAAACAAGGCAUCACAAAAACAGAUCAGUGCCAGCACAAGCUGAAGCACCUCAAGAAUCUAUACAAAGAAAAAUAAGACUGGAACCACAAACAAAGUGGGGAAAAUAUUCCAAGGAGCCCCCACUACGAUGCCAUAGAUGCGGUGCUAGGCUGCAGGGAUGUAAUAACCUGCAAUAAGCUGAGGCAAGUCAGGAUCACCACACCGGAGCCAGCGCUAGAUGCCAAGCAAACACCAGAAGGAAGCUCUACUCCUUCGCCCACUACCUCCAGUUCAACAAACUCAGAGUCAAGUGCCAAGACCACACGCCGCAAAGAGUGCAAAAACCAACGAAAGCACACAAGAGCGGCUAAAAGCAACUCAGAGGAGGAAGGCUUCAGAGAUGUAAUGAAAAAGCUCUCAGGCUCUUGGUGUGUAAACUCUUAGAUUACGAUAUUGUCAACCACAUAUUAUGCUGGAUUGUUGACUUUUUAUCAGAUAGAAGACAGAGAGUUAAACUGGCCGAGGAUUGCUUCUCCGAAUGGCGUUACCUUCCAGCUGGUGUCCCACAGGGGACCAAGCUUGGGCCAUGGUUAUUUUUAAUUAUGAUUGAUGAUUUGAAUGCAGGAGAAGCAGAGAUGUGGAAAUAUGUGGAUGAUACCACAAUUUCAGAGGUGAUAGCUAAAGGCCAAGAGAGCUGUAUUCAGCAAAUGGUAGACGAUCGCGCAGUACAAGUAAGGGAUGAAGGUUUUCAGUUAAAGGAAAGGAAAUGUAAAGAGCUUAGGAUUAGCUUCGCAAAAAACAAACCAAAAUUUGAUCCUAUCUGGGUUCACCAUCAGACCCCUGAGACUGUGAAAAGUAUAAAAUUAUUAGGACUCAAUAUAAGUAGUGAUUUAAAAUGGAAUGCCCAUGUGUUAGAGCUAGUUAGGAAGGUUUCUACAAGACUAUAUUUUCUAAGACAGUUGAAGAGAUCGCAUGUCGUCACAAAAGAGCUUCUUCUAUUUUACAUUACAUGCAUUCGGUCUACUCUGGAGUACAGCAACCCAGUUUUCCAUCAUGCUUUACCAAGUUAUUUAAGCGAAGACAUAGAAAGACUUCAAAAAUGUGCUAUGAAGAUUAUUUAUCCCGAGCUUUUGUAUGCCAAGGCUUUGGAAAUAUCUGGAAUUUUAACGCUGUAUGAUAGAAGGGAGGCAAUCACAGCAAAGUUGUUCAAUAAAAAUAUGUGCAAAUCAAUCUCACAGUCUUCAUAAACUACUUCCAAGCAAAUACCAACCGGCUACUAUCUCAGAGAACAAAGAACAUUUAUUCGUGCAAGAAUAGCUUUCUCUUAAGUUACGUUUAUCGUAGGUGAUAAUUAGAUAUUAAUUUGUUUCUUAUUUUACAUAGGAAUUUGACGAAUGCUUGUAAUUUUGUCAUUCUGUAACAGUUUUAAAUUAGGAAAUUAAUUAAUUAGUUGUAAUUUAGUAAACUGGAAAUUUCGCGUUUGUAAACCUUAUCACAAUUCAGCUUUUGGCUGCAAGUUCUUAAGGUGAAUAAACUAUCUAUCAUUCUAUCUUAUGGUGGGUAUGAAGUAGAUGGGGCACAGGAAGUUAGAGACUGCACUUUUUAGCUUAUGGAUUAACUCAAGCAAAGAAUAACCCCCUGGAAAUUACCUCAAUUUGGGAGCCGUGAAAAAUAACGAAUUCAAGGUCCACCUCAUAAAGAACAAAGAAGGAAAUUAAUAAUGCAUUUCAAUUUUCAGAUUACUGCUACAGAGUUAUAAAGGACUUAUUUGCAAAAUAA